CUCAAAGGUCUUUUUUCGAGUUGGAAAAGAAAUCAACUCGGACCGAGGCCAGCACAAUUCCAUUUAUUUUUGCCAUAUAGAAAGACCGCAAUACAAGCUGCAUCUGGUGCACACACUGCAGCAAAGAAGCCAAACGCAACCAUGCAGCCGCCCGGAGGAGUAUCACAGCAAUUUGAGUGCGCCAAGUGUAAAGAGCCGCUAGAAGACGCGUUGAUUCUGGUUUGCAGCCACAAUCUUUGCUUGCAGUGUGCGGGGAAAGAGCUGUAUUGCCAGGGGUACAGCGGGGACACGAAGGAAAAUGUAGACUUGGAAUGCCAAGUCUGCGGAGCCGUGACGAAUGGUAUUAUAGGAUUUUGACCCCUUUUUGCACAGCGCGUACAAAAAAUCACCUUGCUACAGCUCGUGCUUGUGCGUGUUGUGACGUCGUCGAAUGCAAAAUGUUGACCACUGCGUCCCUAUACCGAAAAAAAUCAAAUUUAUCCAGUUGACGCUGACUCGGCGGUCCAUUUGGUGACGCAGCUCCCACCAGCUACCAAGAAGCAGCUGGGAAAGUUUGUCGCCAAGACACCUGAUGUCACUUCUGCGGCACCUCCCGUAGCGAGGUUGCGAGGUGGUAUGAUUGAUAGAUUCAAAGUUCUAUAAUUUGCUUUGCAUUUCUAUAGUAGGACGGCAUGACGUUUUGGUAUCCAUGACUGCGACCGAUCCUGCCAACUAAAACCAAAAACCGCGCCAGGUCUCCUAUCAAAUGUAAAAAUGUCUGGGUCUGGAAGAAUCUAAACUUGUGAUGCUGUCUCUGGAUUCGAAAAAGAUUUGUAUUGCAUGACCAGUAAGAGGAGUAGACUUUGUGCUCCGCGGAGAUGGCAUUUGUCAUGCGGAAUAGGCAUGAGGAAGCGCUCUAACGAUCUGUGAUGCUACGGCAUGCAUCACAGACAUCAUGGGUGAUGGAAAAUAUGCAUGACAAAUCUAGAAAUCUUCCAGACCCAGACAUUUUUACAUUUGAUAUCUCCCUCCCAGUACGGAUUUCAGCCCGCACUCCGUCGAGACGCUUAUGUCUGGUCUACCCAGUAUGGAAUUGUCAGGAUUGAAAUGGACAAAGUUGAAAAAUUUGUGAUGCAUAAAACCGAUACCAGUAGGAAGCCGAAUUUCCAAGAAGCGCAUGACAAAUUUCAACGUCAUCGAAAUCCAGUUUGUCAUGCUGUUUUGCGACAGAAGGCAUCCUUUGUCAUGCUACUUUAGCAGCUUUAUCCCAAACCAGAAACAGGCUGACAGUCGGCCUCACUUGCCAACCCGGCAAGACAGUCACGUCGCGCCUUGCAUUUUAUGCAUGACAAAUUAUUCCAACUUUGUCGAUUUCAAUCCUGACACACCCAUACCCAGGAUGUCACCGGUGGAUUUACUACAGCAGAACGACUACAAAUGGGACACGGCACGGAACACCAAACUCGCCCCCGGCCAAGAUCUCGCGACAAAACAAGCUACGGCUCAGCAACAGCCUUACGUCGGCACCGGACCGGCAACCUCCUCGACGUCAAACGUGAAGCCGCCAAACAGCACUGGGAUUCACACGGUGACCACGUUUUGCCCCGCCCAUCCGGAGGAGCCUGUCAGCUACUUCUGUCUGGAUUGCGAGUGCAAUAUGAAAGCCUCAGAAUGGAAAUCCUCAAAGUGGAAAUAAUUUGUGACGCAUGAAAUGCGAAGCAAAAAAGACUGUAUUGCAGAGGACGCAACGGAGGCCGACUAUUGUCCUGCUAGGGGUGAAGAAUUGGAGUGCUGCCUAGCACGAGAGAAGGACACCCCGUUGCCUAACCUGCAUGACAGACAUGCUUUAAGUGCCCGGGAAAUUUUUCAUGUGCCGACUACAAACGGCGCUUCAACUGGAGUGCGAGUGGUUUUUUUGCAUUACAAAUCAUUUCCACUUUGAGGAUUUCCAACCUGAGGCUUUCAUAUGCAAGUGCGUUUGCAGCGAGUGCGUAAUACACGGGAUGCACAAGGGACACGAAGUGCUGUCAGUGAAGAAAGCGUAUUUGAUUUUUCGUACUUUUUGAUAGUUUUCUUUCAUCGUCGAUUUGCGUCGAGGAUUAGCCACUGGAAGUUUGCGACGAGCUAGUACAACAUGUUGGGUUUCACAUACGUGGAGUAGAGACAGCAUGUGCAUGUGGGUGUCUUGCAUCAACGAAGAAAAUGAUGAACGUCCAAAUCCACUGUCCAGCUACCCACUGCUCCAGUCCAAAGUCCAAUCCCUUUCCGGCGAGUUGCGCGAGCGGGUUAAUGAGCUGAAUGGCAUAGCGUAUGAGAGUGCACAACUCCACCCCCUCCCCCUCAUUUGUAUUGCAUGAACAGCAACACAAGCAACAGCAGAAAAGGGGCUUUCGCAUGACAAAUCUGCGAGCAGUGCUUACGAGCAAGGUUUGAAUUAUUUGGUACUUUGCAUUACAAAUGAGGGGGAGGGGGAGUUGGGCACUCUCAUUUAGCGCAGUCGUGGGACAGAAAACAGCGGGAGAUGUACAAUACACAGGAACAGAUGAAAUUGAAAGUUGCCGAGCAGUUUUCGGAAAUACGUACAUAUUUCAUAACUUGGAUCGAUGCUUUUUUGUCUUUGAUUUGUGCUUUUUAAACCGUUUGAUGUCCCGCUGCAUGACAGAUAUGAUGAUUUUUUGGAGUCAUGAUUGACACACUCGAAAGUGAAAUAUGUACGAUGCUGUAUCUCUAAAGGUAAGACCCUCGCCCUGAAAGAACAAGAGAUGAAGCGGAUGCUAGGCGAGGGCGUUCGUGACGGGGUUGCUUUAGCAGAAACGAAAAUGAGCGAGAUUCGGGAGCAAGUGGAGCAGUUACGUGAGGCCCAGACGAUAUCCACAGUAAAUUUCCCGUACACGACGUACAACUGCGGUGCCUGCAUGACAAAACUUGACUGCGAUGCUAGUUGAGCAUGACAAGUGUUACACUUCAAAUUGGGGCAAUUUGUGAUGCACAUCAUGUACGGGAAAUUUGUAUUGCAUAGACGACGAUGCAACACAACACAGCGACGCCGCAGAACGCGAGUUCCAUGCAGAAUUCGGUGGAGGCUCUGAACUGGUAGAAUAAAUGUUCUUGUCGUCGUACUACAUCGGAUGACUCUGGUGCUUAUCGAACGCUACAUUGAUUUGCAUCGCGGUACCUCCUCCUGUCAUGCGUGUUUAUUCAGCAUCAAGCGAACUUCGUAACAGCAGAAGUUGUGCUGAAAUUACAUUAUCAGGUACGCCGAGGCCCGGUUGCAGCUAAACCAACUCCUUGUCGCCGAGCUGCCGCUUCCAACGGACAGCUCGAAACCAAACGAAUGGCUACAGCGGUAUGGUGCGAGUGCGAUUGCAAAGGUGCGCGAUCUGCACUUGAAGGUGCAGCAGUUGAACUGA